AUGUCGAACUACCAGAACUGUCCAAAAUUUAUCGAGGCAGAGCGAUACCUCAGUGAGAAGCGCAUCCCCGAAUUGUUGCACAACCUCACCAGCUUAGUUAUAUUUAAUAAACCAGAAAAUCCAUUAAGUUAUAUGGUCUCAAUAUUGGAGCGAUUAAAGGCAGCUCAACACGGACGUGGUGAUAAUCCCUUUAUCUUUACCUUGGCAAAUGCCGAAUCCAUAUUCUACAUGUUGGAUCCAAAUAUGCGGGGCUACAUCACGUACGAACAAUACAAACAUGGCUUGGAGACUCUCGGUAUCAGCGAGUUCGAUAUAAUGCCUCGCGGAGUUGGUCAGAAUGCUAUCACGAAAGAGGUCUUUUUGGAUGAGGCGUAA